AUGGCACCCUACAGGAUACGACCGGCAGCCAAAGGUGGCGUUUACAAAGUCAACGACGACCCGAAAAAGUUGGACGAUGCGUAUAUACGCAUGUUGGGUCCUGGAGGAGACAAAAUGCUGGGAGACGAUGUCAAAUGGUUAGCGGUCACACACAAAAGCUUCGACCACGGAAGGAGAGGGUUCAACGACCGACUGGCAUACUUGGGACGGAGGAUCGUCGAACUACAAACAUCACAAGCACUCAUAAACUCGCCGCAAGAACACCAAUGGCCGAGAGACCCCAAUGGUGUACCAAUGAACGACGAGUACGGUCGUAAACCAUACCUACACCCCGCCUUGAAUGGGCUACAAGGCUUGACAGACGAGGCAGAGAAUCUGGUGCUAAGCAAGUCACGGUUAGCACCGCUAGCAGAGCGGUACCGCCUGGACAAAGUCACUCGAUGGACACCCAAGAGGGCGGAUAACCUGCAAGGGUCCGGUUUCGAGACCGUUCUCAUGACUUCCCUAUAUGCCAUCGUUGGAGCCGUAGCUCUGGAACGCGGCGGCGAAGUAGCCAAUAAGGUUGUGCAAGAAAAGAUACUCGCACCCCUUGGCUUCAGCUUCUCGCCUGAUUCAUGA